CUGUUACUACCAUGAGAAUAUCAUCUAUGCAAGUUACACCGCAAGAUGUUUAGCCAGCCUGCUCAGCACUGCCUUGAGGAACGUCGUGAUUCUGACGCGUGGGAUGUUGGAAACUGUCCUAUGAGAGUCUUGGAGGAGGAGGAAGAGGUUUUGGAUGUGCUACGUGUCAUUCAAGACCUCGCCGAUCGGCUCCGACUCCGAAAACCUGGUCGUCUCCGCCGGUCUGCCAACCGGUCUUGUUCACAUCAUUCGAAAACACUGGAACCGUGUCGAGAAAAUUGACCACAUAAACUUGGAGAACAUGUCCGGGACCAAAAAACAGAGAACAGACCUCCAGAGAGCCACCAACGUUGUGUACCAGGCCCACCAUGUCAGCAGGAGCAAAAGAGGCCAGGUGGUGGGCACCAGAGCAGGCUUCCGAGGAUGCACAGUGUGGCUAACAGGGCUGUCGGGAGCUGGUAAAACCACCAUUGGCUUCGCCCUGGAGGAGUACCUGGUGUCCCACGCAAUCCCCUGCUACUCUCUGGACGGGGACAACAUCCGACAGGGCUUAAACAGGAACCUGGGCUUCACGUCCGUGGAUCGGGAGGAAAACAUCCGGCGUAUCGCGGAGGUGGCCAAACUGUUUGCUGACGCAGGCCUGGUCUGCAUCACUAGUUUCAUCUCGCCCUUCACUAAGGACAGGGACGAGGCCAGGAAAAUCCACGACAAGGCCGGGCUGCCCUUCUACGAGGUGUUUGUGAACGCCUCACUAGAGGUGUGUGAGAGCAGAGACGUCAAGGGGCUCUACAAGAAGGCAAGAGCUGGAGAGAUCAAAGGUUUCACAGGCAUCGACUCCGACUACGAGAAACCUGAAGGCUCAGAGCUCGUGCUGAAGACUGGGGAGUUGACUGUUAAUGAGUGCAUCGAGCAGGUGGUGGAGCUCCUCAGGAUGCACGACAUUGUGCCCUCUGGUGUCACAGAGGACGUGCAUGAGCUCUUCAUUGACGAGAACAAGCUGGACCUGGCUCUAAGUGAUGCCAACAUAUUGCCCACUGUAAACAUCACCAAGCUGGACCUCCAGUGGGUGCAGGUGCUGGCUGAAGGCUGGGCUACCCCCCUGAAGGGCUUCAUGAGGGAGAGGGAGUUCCUGCAGGUCCUUCACUUUGACACUCUGCUGGAUGGUGGGACAAUCAACCUUUCGGUGCCCAUCGUCCUGCCGGUGUCCUCUGAGGACAAAGAGAGGCUGGACGGCUGCGCUGCCUUUGCCCUGCAGUUCAAAGGUCGGCGAGUGGCCAUCCUCCGCAACCCUGAAUUCUACGAGCAUCGGAAGGAGGAGCGCUGUGCCAGACAGUGGGGCACCACCUGCCCCCAGCACCCCUACAUCAAGAUGGUGAUGGAGAGUGGUGAUUGGCUCGCUGGUGGUGAAUUGGAUGUGCUGGAGCGAAUCAAAUGGGAUGAUGGGCUGGACCAGUACCGCCUCACCCCAAGGGAACUGAGACAGAGGUUCAAGGAUAUGAAAGCAGAUGCCAUCUUUGCCUUCCAGCUGCGCAACCCUGUCCACAACGGGCACGCCUUGCUGAUGCAGGACACCAAGCGCCGGCUCCUUGAGCGCGGCUAUAGCAACCCCGUCCUGCUCCUUCACCCGCUCGGCGGCUGGACUAAGGACGACGACGUGCCACUGGAGUGGCGCAUGAAGCAGCACGCCGCCGUGCUGGAGGAGGGCGUGCUGGACCCGGCCAACACCAUUGUGGCUAUUUUCCCAUCCCCCAUGAUGUACGCUGGACCAACAGAGGUGCAGUGGCAUUGCAGGGCCCGCAUGAUCGCUGGCGCCAACUUCUACAUCGUGGGCCGCGACCCCGCUGGCAUGCCCCACCCCGAGACUAAGAAGGACAUGUACGAGCCCACCCACGGGGCCAAGGUCCUCACCAUGGCACCGGGCCUGACCUCCGUCGAGAUCAUUCCUUUCCGUGUGGCGGCUUACAACAAGGUCAAGAAGGCUAUGGACUUCUACGACAAAGAGCAACACGAUGAUUUUGAGUUCAUUUCGGGGACCAGGAUGAGGAAGCUGGCUAGAAGCGGGGAGAACCCACCAGACGGAUUCAUGGCGCCCAAAGCCUGGGAGGUUCUCACCGAGUACUACGGUUCUCUGCAGAAAGAUCAGUGAAGUGACGCAUGUUCUAUCCCAAAGGCACUCUGACAGGGUUCCAUGCGUACAACUUCCAGAUGUGGCACAUUGGCUGCUAUUUUUUUGCCCCGUAUUUUUCUAUGACCUUCAAUGUUUUUUGUAAAGAAAGGUAAACUCUUAAGGGGAUGGAACGGUAUUUCUCAUACACUCUCAAGAUUCAGUUCAGGUUCUCCUUCACAGUGAAACAUGUCGGUGUCACCACCUUGUGGUCUUUCCUGCGCCUGAAAAAAUGUGUCACGCUUGUAUGUCACACCCGUGUCAGUAUGUGCUAACUGCAAACGGCCAGAGAGAGAGAGGGAUAGAGAUCAUAUUUAAUAUUUUAUUUUCAUUUUAACACAAGAGAUCAGUGUGUAGAGCAGUAGUUUAUGCUACAUGCCUUAGAGUGGGGGUGUUCGGUCUUGUCCACAAAGGGCCAGCAUAGUUGCAGCCAGUUUCUUUCCAGAUGAUCACAUGAUCUGGUUUGUCAGCCAAUGAGAAUUGCAUGUGCUCCUGCGUCCUUUACCGGGGAGGAUUGGGCAGCCCUGCCUUAAUGAGAUAUAGAAAAUGUGAUAUUUUAACUACGAGUUUUAAACGUUCCUUAGUUUUAUAAAUUAUCUGUAGUUUUUUAUAUAACGGUUACUGCUUCUUAUAACCAAUAUACUUAAUCAAAGGAAAUGUUGUGCCUUCUUCAAAAUAAAGCAUGUGCAGUCAAGGUGCCAACUUGAACGUGAUAUUGGGAGAGCUGGUUUUAAGGGGAAAUGACAUGUUACUGAUUUGUGUGAUGUUUUUUUAAUUUUAUUAUGACUUUUUUUUUGUGGAGAUUCAGUCCCUUGUUCUGGAUCCUAUUUUAGAAUACACUCCAUGAUUAGAAGCAGUUGUGUGGGUGGUGGUGGUGGUGUGAGAGGACGUAAUGACCGCGGUGUGAAAUCCUCUAAUUGUAGAAAACAAACACAAAUGAACAAGCCAGUGUCUAGAAUACAUUGUCCAUUAGCUGUGAUAUCAUCCAUUACUGUCUCCUUGGGUGCUCCUCUGAUGAAUCAAAUUGAUAUUUUUCAUCUUUGUCUCCAAGAAUGUAAUACUGCACAAGUAUUUACUUCCGAUAUGAAAAUAUGCAAAAGUAUGUGUGUAAUGGUUUGAGAGUGUCAAUUGUGAAAAGCUACUGUUGACUGGAUGUUUAUUUAAAAAAAAAAUGCACAAUUUCAUUGAAACAUAAAAAGAUUUAUUGGAUUUUCCUGUUGGCUUCUGGUCACAGGAUUGAAAAUUCACAAUAACAUAUUUAUUGAUUUCCUAUACGGUUACUGAAAUGUUGUGUUAUCUUUUGAAGUACAUGUGGACGUUAGGUUUCUUAACGCCAGUGUGAAUGUGUCACUCAUCUUAACUACAUUCCAGUCAUCCAGGUGAAGGUGCCGUGUACAGGGUGUGGAUGAUCCGAAUCAAAUGUCAAUUAAAAGGUUUAACCAA